GGGGGGGUGGUGGUGUGUGCGACCCGCGGACCGAAAACGGUGGCCUCGGACAGAGCUGGUGGGUCGGCUGGGCUCCAGCGCGGCUCGCGGCUCGGCCUCAGACGUCGGCUACGGAGGACCCUGGAGAAGGGCCGGCGCUGGCGGCACCGGCAGCGGCUGCUGGAGGAGGAACGGUGGCAGGAGGAGACGCCCAUCCUGCUGGGACAGCCCGAGAGCCCUCUGAGCACAGCGCCGGCUUCUGACCGGAGCUGGCCGCCGCCGGCACGACCGAGCGAGUGGCCGACAGAGCCGGCCAUCAGCCCCCGACCGAUGGACAGCGUGGAACAAUUUGUGAUGGAGCCGGCCGCCCAGGGUGUCUUGGUCAAAUGCCGCGUCACUCGAGACCGAAGGGGCAUGGAUAGAGGCUUCUAUCCCACUUACUUCCUGCACAUGGAGAAAGACGACGGUAAAAAGGUGUUUUUAUUAGCAGGAAGAAAGCGAAAGAAAAGUGCGACCAGCAAUUAUCUUUUGUCAACGGAUCCCACGGACCUGUCGAGAGGAGCGGAAGCAUUUGUUGGCAAGGUGCGCUCGAAUCUGGUGGGCACCCAGUUCACGGUGUACGAUAGCGGGGUGUCACCCAAGGCACGGCAGUUGGCCCGACCACUGCACUCCGAACGCCAGGAGAUCGCCGCCAUCUGCUACGAGACUAACGUGAUGGGUUUCCGCGGCCCACGGAAGAUGACGGUGAUUGUGCCGGCGAUGACUGUGGACCACACGCGGAUUCAGCUUCCCUCCUCCAGCCCGGCGGGCACCCUGCUCGAGCGCUGGCGGAUGAACAUGAUGGAGAACCUGCUGGAGCUCCACAACAAAUCCCCGGUCUGGUGCGAGGAGAGCCAGUCGUACGUGCUCAACUUUCACGGACGAGUCACUCAGGCGUCCGUGAAAAACUUCCAGAUCGUACACGACAACGACCUGGAGUACAUAAUCCUGCAGUUCGGCCGGGUGGCCGAGGACGUAUUCACCAUGGACUUCCGCUACCCCAUGUGCGCGCUGCAGGCGUUCGCCAUCGUGCUCAGCAGCUUCGACAACAAGCUGGCCUGCGAGUGAACGUGUCUCCUCGGAGUUGCUUACCUCCCACGUUAACUCGCUCAGAGACCGGGAGCGUCGAAACGACGCCCGAACUGUGGCGCAGAAAUGGCCCUCCAAAUGCGGGAUGGUGCUGAGACUCGCUGGCGAAGUCAAUGACAUUGAUCGGGAUAAACCCGGGUCCAGGCUCACAAUCAAAAUAGGGAAGAGCUGAUGUGUCUGAAACUGAUGUGACUAAAGAUGUGACUAAGAUCGGUGGCAUUUAGACCAGCGGGAAUGUUGUUGAGCUUGAGCUGCUGGUGUAGGGUGCCUGGCCGAUGACAGAAUUAAAUGAGACAGUGUUGGUUUGUAGACACUAGCCAGUGUUCCUAAAUGUUGCGCAGAGGCGCAGUGUCCUCCCGUUGAUCUCAGCUGUGAAGGAUGGUACCUAUUUGUGGUUGUUGUUAGGAUUGACUGCUGAAUUUAUAGCGAGAAAACGUCUUCUCCGGACUCCGACGCCAAACAUGUUUGGUAUAUGGCCAUUUUCAAACGUUAUUUCAGCUAAUGUCUUUUCUAACAAAAACUUUAUUUUGAACUGUUUUACGUUGCAUGAUUUGCCCAAUAGAGACAUACCUAAA